CCUGUAUAAGCCUCAUGCUCGGAAGACCACGGGCACAAUGCUCCCUCCUCCGAUCAACCCCACCAGUGUCAUCCAAAUCGCGGCCCUAUGGAAUUGGCACCGACAGCAGCAAAGACUCGAUGAGCAAAUUUACAUCCGAGCCGAACGGGUGGCAUUUGUCCGUCCUGUCCGCUGGGAGCCAUGGAACGACGACCGACUGCCUGAAGUACGAUUCAUGGAGUACUUCAGAUUGUCACGGGCCGAUUUCGCUUGGCUGUGCGACGAGUUGCGUGGAGCUUUGGAGCAAGAUCCCCUCCGCCGGGGGGUAAAGAGGCACGAGUAUGGGAUACGAGUAUGGAAAGCUAAGAGAUCUUAG